AAUCUUUAAGAAUCGAUUUCUUGUUCACAGUUAUAGUUAUUAUUCAAAUGCGUAGUAACAGAAUGAAUGUUCAGAGUUCCUCCCCUUAACGACUUGAGACCUGUCAAGAUCUAUCGCUUUAACUCUUGAAUCGAUCUGAUCUUUCUCGGUACCGUCGCGAUUGUUGUUCUCGAACGAUCUUUCCAAGAUCUAGAUGAUCUUCCUUCGGUGAAUGCCUCGUACACUUCCCGAGCCUUGAAACGCCUUAGUAUCCACUGUCGCUACGUUAACCGGAGCUCUGAUACCACUUGUUGCCAAUACGUAUGCGAUUCCUUGCUCUCUCUCUCUCUCUCUGAUUUCACGAUAUCGAUCUCUCUCUCUCACUCUCAUGUUUGAUUCACUCGUUUGUUUGCGAUAAAGAAAACAAGAUGAACACACAAGAUUAUAGAGUUCCCCGAAUCACCCUGGGUACUUCUCUCUUCAGGAUUCUCCUCCUGGAAUUCACUAUGAGCUUAUCGGAUCUGAUCGUUUCUGUUACAAGAGAUAAAUCCCUCUCAACAACCUGAGAUUGACCUAAUAUUAGCCCGCGUCACUCAGCUGUUCAGCUCGCGAGCGUUCCGCUUAAUGGGCUUCAUCCAUUAUUACACCGGCCCAUUAUGCAUAAGUCUUUAUCGAUCCAUAUUUCGGCCCAGCCCAAAGGACUGCUCCCGUCUUUGCUCUUCUUGAGACUCAAGCACCGAACCACACUAUCCUACAGUAGGUCAUAACUUGCUUCUUGCACACGCCUCGGCUUCAAGACUGUAUAUGCAAAAGUAUAAGGAGAUGCAAGGAGGUUGCGUAGGGUUUAGCAUAUUUACAAUAGGGUUUACUCCUUCUACAAGCUACAAGGAUGAUGAGAUUGCAGUUCAAAGAGCCAAAGAUUUCUUCUUCGGCUGGAUGCUUGGGCCUCUUAUAUUUGGAGACUAUCCUGAUGAAAUGAAAAGAACCGUUGGAUCAAGACUACCAGUUUUCUCUUUGGAAGAAUCAGAACAAGUUAAAGGCUCAUCUGACUUCAUAGGAAUAAUUCACUACCUUGCGGCUUCUGUCAGAAGCAUUAACUUCAAACCUUCUCUUUCAGGACAUCCCGAUUUCUACUCAGACAUGGGCGCAUCUAUGACUUACCUUGGGAAUUUUUCGGCUUUCGAGUAUGUUGUUGCUCCAUGGGCUAUGGAAGUUGUCUUGGAGUAUUUAAAGCAGAGCUAUGGGAAUCCUCCUGUCUACAUUCUUGAGAAUGGUAGACCGCUGAAGCAAGACUGCAGCUGCAACAGGAGGAUACACCGAGGAUUGACUAUUUACAUGCUUACAUUGGUGCUGUGCUUAAAUCCAUUAGGAAUGGAUCAGACACGAGAGGCUACUUUGUAUGGUCAUUUAUGGAUUUAUACGAGUUACUGAGAGGAUACGAGUUUAGUUUUGGACUAUACACUGUCAAUUUCAGCGACCCUUAUCGCAAGAGGUCUCCUAAACUCUCUGCUUAUUUGUACACAUCUUUUCUCAAGGGAAACACCACUUUUCUUGGUUCCCAAGCUACCAUGCAAUUGCAGAGUAACUUUUUUUCUUCAAUUUCGUCGUAGUAGUAAAUUUGUAUUUACAUCUUUUGAUGAAUCUUGUUCGGUUAUGAGAGUUGUGCCGAAUACAUUUUUCCUCUUUAAGUAUUCUAUAUUUACAUAUA